CAUUCAUGUCUAGUCUCGUCCUGAAAGCAGAGGCAACAUGAGGCUGUGGGCCGUCCUGCUGCUGGCUCUGCUCGCUCAGACUUUUGCUGAAGAUGAGUCUUGUAUGGGUCGCUGUGAGAAUGGCUUUGACGCCCAGAGGAAGUGCCAGUGUGACUCCAUGUGCAAGUAUUACAAGAGCUGCUGCUCUGACUUUGAGGCCACCUGCGGCAUGAUGACUCGGGGAGACACAUUUGUGUUUGCAGAGGAUGAUGAUGAGCUUGAAGGUACCACUCCAUCCCCUAGACGCUCUUUUACCCCCAUCAGUCAUCGUCUGCAGCCCUCGCAGCGGCCCAUCUCAGACUUCGGCCGCAGAUCACAUCCGGAAACCACACUGGAAAUGACCAAACCAACUCAACUGAAAAUCCCCUUUAUGCAGAUGACACCCAUUUCUCAGACAGUCCCACCUAUGCAGGACGUCCCCAGCAUGACUGAAUUCCCUCCGACUGAGGCAGCCACUGAGGCAGCCACUGAUGCGACCACUGUUCCAACCACUGUUCCCACCACUGUUCCCAUCACAACAGCCACCACUGAAGCCCCUGACCCAGACGCUGUGGUCUGCAGUGGGAGGUCUUUUGACUCCUUUAUGCAACUAAAAAAUGGCUCCAUAUAUGCCUUCAGAGGGGAUUACUUUUUUGAACUGGACCAGAAGUCAGUGCUUCCUGGUUAUCCAAAGCUAAUAAAGGACGUGUGGGGCAUCAGCGGGCCCAUUGAUGCUGCCUUCACCCGUGUCAACUGUCAAGGGAAGACUUAUAUGUUCAAGGGAAACAAGUACUGGAGGUUUGAUGAUGGCGUGCUAGAUGAUGACUACCCUCGAGAUAUCAGCGUGGGCUUUGACAAGAUCCCUGAUCACGUGGAUGCAGCGUUUGCUCUGCCUGCCCCCGGUCACAACGGAAAAGAAAAGGUCUAUUUUUUCAAAGGCGAUCAGUACUACACCUACGAGUUCUUGCACCAGCCGUCCCACGAGGAGUGUAUCACCAUGUCUGAGAGGUCUCCGUCCACACUGUUCAGACGCUACACUGACGUAUACUACAACAACUACGAGCAUUUCUUCAGCGAGCUCUUCUCUGAAUUGCCUCAACAUCAUGACAAACACCACUUCAUUGCGAAGGACUGGAAGGGCCUCAAGUCUCCGGUGGAUGCUGUCUUGACAGGCAGAAUGUACGUCCCUCCGUUGAGGCCCACGAGGCGCCGCAACGACUACCAGCCUUACCAGCAGUGGGGUCAACAGCAAGGACAGCAGUGGAACCAGCAGUACGGACAGCAGUGGGGCCGUCGCAGGCAAAGCCGUUCACCCUUCUGGGGGUCCAUGGCUGAGAAGGGGAUGAACAUGGGCCAGGACUUUGCAGAAAGGGGGAUGGAAAUGGGUCUGAGGUUGGCAGAGAGGAGGAUGGAACUGGAGGAGAGGCUCGGACGAGACUGGGACAGACGCUGGGAUCAGGACUGGGACCAGGACAGGCGGAGAGACAGUUACCGCCAGAACAACAGAGGCAACUACGACUCCAGAGGUGACCGGUCGUACUUGGAGCCCAUCCCGAGGAAUAUGCCAAUACAGACCGUCUACUUCUUUAAAGGAGAUAAAUACUACAGAGUGGACCUCAGGAGCAAGAGAGUCGACCCCGCCGUGCCUCCAUAUCCCAGAUCCAUCGCCAAGUACUGGCUCGGCUGUUCAGACACCACCGGGGCGGAGAAGUAGUUUCACAUGUUUUUAGGUAUCUUAAUAUGAUCAUUUUGAUUAGAUUUGUAUAUAACCAAUCAUUAAUUUGACCUGAAGUAGUGUUUUCUGUAAGAAAGUGUGUCAAACCUUUCCAGUGUAAACUAACUGUUCUUCAGCAAAUAUUGGAGAUCAAUAGUCCACACACCGCACAUAAAGGCUAAAGUUCAGCUGGUUGAUUGUAAGAUUCUCGUCUCUUGUCAACAACAGCCAACCCGCUUUAUUAAACUGACUGUAGUGAAAAUGGCCUCAAGUUAUUAAACCAGAAGAGAUUCCAGAGACUCACAGCUUCUCGUUUAGUUUUCAGUGUCAUAAUAAUGAGGAGUUUGUUACAUCAGUGGUGGAACAUAAUCAAGUACUUUUACUCAACUACUGUACUUUAUAGAAGUUUUGAGGUACUUGUACUUGAGUAUUUAAAUAUAAUGUUACUUCAUACUUCUACUAGACGGAAAUAUUGUACUUUUAACAUUUAUCUAAAACCUAUAGUUACUUUGAGAUUUUAAAUACAACACUUAUAAUCAACUUAUAAAAUAUGAUGAUCGUUAGAGGUCAAACUAACCAAAGUUAUUACAUCAGUAAUAAUAUAUUCUGUUAAUAUGAUACAUAUGUCAUUCUCAGAGGCCUCUCUUGUGUGUGUACUUUUACUUUACUGUUAAUACUUUUGUAGCUUUACUUAAGGGUCAUUUUUAACGCAGGACUUUUACUUGUUUACAGACUAUUUUUGCAGAGUGGUAUUUGCUACUUUUACUUAAAUAUUUCAUUUUGUAUUGAUUCUGGCGGCCCCCUGUGGACAAAAGUGGUAGUGUUACUACUGCCUUGUUUCAUUGAUUUCAAGAGGAAUCCAAUUGGCCAGUGGCAGUAAUUAAGAAUAACUAUAUAGAAAGAACAAAUCUUCUUGCUGAUGGUCUUGUUUGCUUUUGUAGGUCAUAUUAAGGUAUCAGUAUUGCAUUUAGACGGUUUCAUAAGCAGUUAACAACUCCUUGUAGUAGUUAAAGAUGUGAGCACUUCUUCCACCACUGCAUUCAGAGACCCACACAGACAGUAAUGUUUUCUAAAUCAUGUAUCCACACAUUUCAAAAAGUUUAUUUUCAUUAUUAAUUGUGAACAUAUAUACAGUGAAUAUGAAAAUAUUAAAUAUGUACAUAACAACAUAUAAAACUCUGGACAUACUGGAGGUUUCAUGCACAAAAGGGUCAUUAGAUCCUGAUGUAUGAUCAUACAGAUGUUCCCUUUAGAAAUGACAAUAAAAAUCCCUAAAUUGCAAUAUUGUGGGUUUUACCUAACAGCAGCAAUGUGUGAAUGUCACAGCAGAGGUCAGAGGGCAGUGACAGGAGGGUUCAUGAUCGAGGGCACUCUGACUUUAGGUCGUGGAUGUGAAAACAUCAGUUUUCUAUUGACUGGUAUAAAAGGCAAAUAUAAUACAGUGACAAAGCAACCCCGUUGAAUGUUAGUGGUUUCUGGCAGAUGUUUAUCGGCUGUACUGUGUACUGAGUCAGAGUGAGUCACAUUUAUUGCAUAUUCACUGUUACAGUCUGUUCUUACUUCUGUUCUUGUAUUUUUAUCUGUGACAAAUAAAAACAUCAGUACAGCAGCAGAUCAAA